AUGCUGCUGCAGCGGUGCAUCCUGAGGCCGUACCAUGUUCUUGCACUGGUGCUGUUUGUAUCAGCCAGGGAGGACUUUGACUGGACGAAGAACGAGAAGACGUCUUUCUACUACGGCACCUUCCCCACCGGGUUCUCCUGGGGAGCCGGCAGCUCUGCGUAUCAGACGGAAGGAGCUUGGAACAUAGACGGCAAAGGGAUGAGCAUCUGGGACACAUUCGCCCACAAGAAGGGGAAAAUCUUCUCAAAUGACACGGGAGACACCUCCUGUGAGGGCUACUACAAGUUCAAGGAUGACAUCACCUUGAUGAAGGACAUGAAGCUGAACCAUUAUCGCUUCUCCAUUUCCUGGCCAAGGAUUUUACCAAGCGGACUGAAAAGUGAACAAAUCAACGAGAAAGGAAUCAAAUACUAUGACGACCUGAUCAACAUGCUGCUGGACAAUAAGAUCACCCCCAUCGUUACUCUGUACCACUGGGAUUUACCACAGGCCUUACAGGAGAAGUACGGCGGCUGGCAGAACGCCACCAUGGUGAACUACUUCAACGACUUCGCCAACUUGUGCUUUGAAAGAUUUGGAAGCAAAGUGAAGUACUGGAUCACCUUCAACAACCCGUGGUCCAUUGCUGUGGAGGGAUAUGAAACAGGAGAACAUGCACCCGGACUGAAGCUGAAGGGAACGGGAGCUUACAGAGCGGCUCACAACAUCAUCAAGGCCCACGCUAAAGUUUGGCACACGUACGACAUAAAGUGGAGAAGCAAACAAAAAGGCCUGGUUGGGAUCUCGCUCACGGCUGACUGGGGGGAACCUGUAGACAUCACCAACCAGAAGGACAUCGAAGCAGCAGAGAGAUACAUGCAGUUCUACAUGGGAUGGUUCGCUACUCCCAUCUUCAACGGAGACUACCCCCAGGUCAUGAAAGACUACAUCGGCAGGAAGAGUGGCCAGCAGGGCCUGGGAGCCUCUCGGCUGCCCGUCUUCUCGCCUCAGGAGAAGAGCUACAUCAAGGGGACCUGUGACUUCCUCGGCCUCGGCCAUUUCACCACCCGCUACGUCACCCUGAAGAAUUACCCAGCAGGCCUUGGGGACAGCUACUUUGCAGAUCGUGACCUCGCAGAGCUGGUGGACCCUCGGUGGCCCGAUCCCGGCUCUGAGUGGCUCUACUCUGUUCCCUGGGGCUUCAGACGCUUGUUGAACUUUGUGAAGACUCAGUAUGGAAACCCGAUGAUAUACGUGACAGAGAACGGAGUGUCGGAGAAGAUGCACUGCACCGACCUCUGUGACGACUGGAGGAUGCAGUACUUCAAAGAUUACAUCAACGAGAUGCUCAAAGCGUUGAAGGACGGGGUGAACGUGAAGGGCUACACGGCCUGGUCCCUCCUCGACAACUUCGAGUGGGAUGAAGGAUUCUCCGAGCGGUUCGGACUCUUCUACGUGGACUUCAGGACCAAAAACAAGCCGCGCUACCCGAAGGCCUCGGUCCAGUUCUACAAACGCAUCAUCAGCUCCAACGGCUUCCCCAAUCAGAGAGAGGUGGAGAGUUGGAAGAGGAAAGCCGUGGAGACGUGCUCCUCCAGUAACCAGCUGCUGGCUGCAGAUCCGCUGAUUGGUCACAUGGAGAUGGUGACAGAGAUCGUGGUUCCCACCGUGUGCACGCUCUGCAUCCUCCUCAGUGCAGUGUUCCUCAUGUUCCUGCUGCGAGGACGCAUCUGA